AUGGUUUCCAGGCAGCGCAUGGCUUGCUUUCUCUGCUCUCUGCUACUGAUUCCUCUUCCUCUGGAUGCAGUCUUUCUAAAGCAGGAAGAGGCGAGCAGCAUUUUGCAAAGGCAGACACGAGCCAACAGCUUCUUUGAAGAGAUAAAACUGGGGUCACUGGAGCGAGAAUGCAUGGAAGAACAGUGCUCCUUUGAGGAGGCGAGAGAGAUUUACCAUGACGAUGAAAGGACAAAAGAGUUCUGGCACAUCUAUUCCGACCCUAACCAGUGCGACUCCAACCCCUGUCAGAAUGGCGGGAGUUGUGACGACCAGUUUCAGGAUUACGUGUGCCGCUGUCCUGCCGAAUAUGAGGGCAAAAGCUGUGAAAAAGCUGUGGCUGACAAACUGAAGUGCAUUUACGACAACGGUGGCUGUGAACAGUACUGUACUGACAAGCAGUCUGAAAAACGGGUGUGCUUCUGCGCAGACGAUUACACUUUAGCAAGUGAUGGCGUGUCCUGCAUUCCCCAAGUGAAAUACCCAUGUGGAAAAAUACCAGUGCUGGCAAAAAAAAAUGCAACUGCACGGGGGAGAAUAGUAGGUGGUUUAAUCUGUCCUCCAGGUGAAUGUCCAUGGCAAGCCCUUAUAAUCCAGAAUCAGAAAGAGAAGUGUGGUGGUUCCCUGCUUUCCCCAGAGUGGGUGGUCACUGCAGCUCACUGUUUGGAGUAUAUUCAUCCUAAAGAGCUUCGGGUGAGACUGGGUGAACAUGCAAUAAAUCGUGAUGAGAAAACUGAGCAAGAAAGUGGAGUUGCCAGUAUAAUCGUUCAUGAAGGAUACAUGAAUGGGCAAGUCAAUCACGAUAUUGCCCUCCUGAGGCUGGAAACACCUGUGAAUCUCACCGAUUACGUGGUGCCGAUAUGUUUGCCUGAAAGGCGGUUUGCAGUGUAUGAACUGUCCUCCAUCAAGUUCUCCACAGUGAGCGGAUGGGGACGGCUACUAUAUGGAGGUGCCACCUCUUCUGUUCUGAUGAAAGUUGAUUUGCCACGUGUAAAGACACAAGAAUGUGAAAAGGAGACUGAUUUAAACAUUACAGAGAAUAUGUUCUGUGCAGGAGACCUGACUGGCGUUAAAGACUCCUGCAAGGGAGACAGUGGUGGGCCUCAUGCUACCAAAUACAAGAACACUUGGUUUCUGACUGGGAUUGUCAGCUGGGGAAAGGGCUGUGCUGUUGAAGGCAGCUAUGGGGUUUACACAAGGGUGUCAAAAUACAUCGACUGGUUGAAGAAGCACAUGGAUUAA